AUGAAUAUCUUCCAGAUUUUGUUAAUAUGCUCAGUGUUCUCCUAUAUCGGAGCAGAUAUUCAGAUAUUAAUCAACCCUGUGAAUUUGCCUGAAAAUAAACUUCCUGGAACAGAGCUAAGCCGUGCUUAUGACAAAGAUGUGGCUGGGAGACCAAAUGCCUACCGCUUUUUGAAUAAGACAAAAGACUUUGUCAUCGAUGCAAAUUCAGGUGUCAUCACUUCUACAAAAAUCUUUAAUUAUGAAACAGAUCCAACCAGAUUUCUACUUAUAGUUGAUACUGGAGGAGUCAUGAGACAUGUUUUGACUAUUAAUAUAAUUGAUGUUCCAGAACCUCCAGACUGUACUAUUGACCCCCUCUUUUCUUCAGGCUCAGCUACAUUUGAAAUUGCUGAGGACUAUCCACUCUUUCAAUCCAUUUGGAAAGUGACUGUAACAGAUGAAGACAUUGCACAUGGUGACAGGCUAACAUACAAUAUCGAGACAGAGUUAUCUGGACCAAAGAGGGGAGCACAUUCCUUUGGAGUAGAUCCUGUGAAUGGUGUUAUAAGCUUAAGAGGUGAAGAUAUCUUGGAUUUUGAUGCUGGAUAUCAUUCUUUCCAGCUGACAGUGAGAGUGACAGAUACAGCAGGCUUGUUCUGUCAAGGGACAAUAAUUAUCAACAUUAUAAACAUAAAUGAUGAGGCACCUCAAUUUGAGCCAUUUCCUAUGGAUUCGAUUAAUGUGACUGAGAAGAAACCCAUUGGAGAUUUUGUAGCAAGGGUCAAAGCCACAGACCGCGAUGAAGACAGCAGCAUCAUGUAUUCCUUUAAAACCCAGCAGGAAAUGUUUGCUUUAGACCCUUUCACAGGUAUAAUCACUCUUCUUCAACCUUUGAAUCUUGACAAUCCAAGUAACUCCAGAAUCUACCAUUUGGAAAUUGAAGCCAGAGAUGAUGGCAACAACACCGGUUCAUAUAUGUUCACCGUUUUUGUGGAAAAUGUUGAUGAUCCUAUUUCCUGUAAUCCAAGUUUUUCAACAGGAGCAGGUAUUUCAGUGUCUGUUGCUGAAAACGUCCCCUCAUCUGCUUUUAUCUAUGCAAUUCUUUCAAGAGAUCCAGAUCUGGGACAAGAGGUUGAACUUUUCCAGUUAGUAAUCGCUGUGAGAAACAGGGACAGCCUGUCUCUGGCAUCAUGCGUUGGAACCAUCACUAUAAACAUCCAAAAUGUUAAUGAUGAGAGUCCUGUUCUGAUAUAUAGACCAGAGGCACCUAUAAAUAUUAAUGAAAAUCUGCCUGUUGGAACAAAGGUGGCCAAGUUCACGGCAACAGAUAGUGAUAUAGAGGAUACAGUACAUUAUGAAUUCAUAGGUACACAGAAAGAAUUUGCUAUAAAUGAAGACUUUGGAGACGUCACUAUUGCCUAUCCAUUAGACUAUGAAGAUGACACAAUACCAAAAUCUUGGGUAUUGUAUGUUAGAGUUUAUGACAAUGAGCGCACACAUUCAACAACUGGGACACUGACAGUGAUUCUGCAGGAUGUAAAUGACAACCCUCCACGAUGCUCUCAGGAAAUUUAUGUAAUUGAACUUCCAGAGAACACCCCAGUUGACACCCCUUUAGUCUCCUUAACUUGUACAGAUCAGGACGGAACUAUUCCCAAUAACAAUAUAACUUAUCAUUUGAUUAAAGACACUUUCACAAACAGAACCUUUACUCUUACAAACAGUGAAUUGAAAAUUGGACCUAUGAAUCUAGAUUAUGAUAGUACAAUUUUUGCAGGAAUGGACUUUAAACACACAUUGUUUAUAAGAGUGUCUGAUGAAGGUACUCCUGUACUUUCAACCAUCAUUAGAAUCAUAUUAAGAGUGAGCCGUAUAAAUGAACACAAGCCUAUUGGGACAGUGAUGGCAUUUACCUUCAGUGUAUUUGAAAACAGUCCAAUUGAUACACUAGUUGGAAAAAUUACGUUUAUAGAUGAAGACUGGCCAUUUAACAAUGUACACUAUGCCAUUGUUGGAGGCAACUUUGGAAUACCUCCCAAAUUCUACAUUGAAUCAGAUACAGGGAUGAUAAAGCUGUUGAAUUCGUUGGACAGGGAAGUGGCUUCUCAGUAUAAUAUAUCUGUGAGAGUCAUAGACAUGGGAAAUGAUCUGCUCCCUGACCCUCUCAGGCAGAGAAGCACUACUGCUCAGGUGACCAUCCAUGUUCUGAAUGUGAAUGACGAGCCUCCAGUCUGCACACCACCACAUGUAGAGACUCAGAUUUAUGCCACCUUUAGGGGGCCUAUCAUUCCCCUCAGGUGUUCAGACAAGGAUUCUCCACAGGAUCACUUAAGCUAUUUAAUCACAGGAGGAAACACAAACAACCAGUUCACACUUUGGAGAGAAGGUGCUGAGUCUCCAUUUCUGGCCACCAGGCAAGAUUUCCAGUAUGAUCUAUUAGAAGGAGCACAAGAUGUAAUGACCUUCCAGUUACUUAUUGAAGUCACUGAUGAAUUGGGUGGGAAUGCAGCUAGUCAGCUGACAGCCACUACUAUGGUCAUAAUUCAUGUGCUUCCCUGGACUACAAUACAGCCAACUACUUCUACAAAACCAGCUACAACUACUAUUACUACCUCUGUCUUAAGGAAGAUCUCAUACUACUGGAGGCCUGACAGCUGGUUUUCAGCAGUGCUCACGCUAGCAGGAGUUCUCUUUAUGUUGUGCCUUUAUGCAGUUGCAUGGUGCCUCUUCAAAGAUGUUCCUGCCUGCUCAAGACUAUUUCCUCACUGUCACAGGCAGAAAAGUCAACCAAAUUUGACUGUACCAGAUGAAAAGGAUGCUGCACAGGUACUAAGUGACAGAAACACAGUAUCUACUGGACAGCCCAACAAGGAAACGAAAAGAAAAUUAUUUAAACUGUAG